AUGGCACUGUACGGAACUUCUGAUGCUUUGAUGUGCAAAGCGUUUCCCACCACUCUGAGAGGGUCGGCCCGCGCAUGGUACAACGGCCUAAAGACUAGGACGAUCGCCUCCUUUGACCAGCUCGUCAAGGACUUCGAACUCAACUUCUUGGGCUAUGCUCAGCCGAAACCUUCCGUUGCGCUGCUCCUUGGACUCAACGAGAGGGAGGACGAGCCCCUCUCUCAUUUUGUGAAUCGUUUUGCAACACAAAUCCGAGGAUUACCGGACGCUCAUCCCUCUCUGUUGAUGCAGGCAUUUAUGAUAGGCCUGCGACCUUCCAGAUUCUUCUGGUCCCUCGUGAAGCGACUCCCCACCUCGGUGUCUGAGAAGAGGGAGGAGCACAAGAGGGCCAGGCCGGAGCUGGCUCGGGGACAACUAUCCGUCGCGCCGAGGCGCACGAUGGACCGGCCUGACCCGCCGGCGCUGAGGACCCCGUUGCUCUCUUUGGGCGCGUCUCGAACAGAGAUAUUUCUCCAAAUAAGGAAAAAAGGGUUACUCAAGGCCCCCAACCCGAUGAAAAGCCCGCGGGAACUCACCGACCAGUCCAAGUAUUGCCGCUUCCACCAACAAAGCGGGCACGAUAUUGAGGAGUGCCGUGAGCUGAAGCGGCAAAUCGAGGAGCUCGUCCGUAGAGGACACCUCGGUCGGUACAUCCGAUAG